GUAGAUUAUAUUGUGCUAAAUAUUUCAUCAGAGAUUUUUUAUGAGUUUAAAUAUAUACAGUGUUCACUUGAUAUUGUGAGUGAAGUGUUUCAGAUCUCAGCACGAGGUUGAUUAAAGAUGGCGUAUGUUAUGCUGUCAUACAACUGGGAUCACCAAGACUUGGUAAAGAAAGUUGCAGCUGGUUUGAAGAAGAGAGGUGUGCCUGUGUGGAUGGAUAUAGAUGGAGGUGUCAGUGGAGAUAUUAAUAGCAGUAUGGCGGAAGGUGUUGAUGGUUCAAAAGCCAUUUGUUGCUUUAUGACUCAAAAGUACCAGGACAGUAAAAACUGUAAGCGAGAAUUGACAUACGCGGAUACACAGGACAGGGAUAUUAUUCCCAUCAUGGUACAAGCCAGUCCUUGGAAACAGACAGGAUGGUUGGGCAUCGUCACAGCGGGAUUAUUGUACUUAAAUUUCCGAGACGAAUCAAAUCUUGAGACAAAAAUUGACUCGCUCGCAAAAGAAAUUAUAUCACAAACUGGAAGCAGUUGGAUGACUUCAGCUGGGCCAGCAAGACCAACAAUAGCUGAUCAACGACCACAAGAGUUGCACAAUAAAGUCAGUCGAGCCUUUAAACAUUGUCUAAGUGGAAAAUUUCUGGCUGAGUCAGGCCAAGUAAAGUUCCAUCCGCAAAGUGGAAACAGAAGUACCCUGGUGCUUAGCAACAAUACACAAGACACUAGUUUUUGGGUUGAAGAGAGAAAGGAGAAGAAAUCUGAAAUCAUCUAUUUUCAAAAUUACUUUUCAAAAGGCUAUUUAGGUUACGAUCCAAACGGUGAUUACACAUACACCAAAGGCCAACAUUACGGCGCCGAAGAAUGGUUGCUUAUGUCUGAUAAUACAGAUACUAGUGGUAGAAGAGCGGUUGUCAUAUUUGCUAAUUUUGGAAAGAAAUAUCUUGCUGUAAAAAAUGGCAAACUUACUGGAGUCACACAACAAGGUCCAGAAUGCAGAUGGUAUCUUGAAUGAAAAAACAAUUAUUUUUAUUUAUUUAUUUAUGUUUGUUUCUUGCUUUUUCUUGUUGUUUUCUUGUGUGUUUGAUAAUUAUUAAAAAAUGAAUUGAGAAA